AAAAGUUUGUAUCGGAGACAUCCCCGAAACGUAAUUUUUAUGUUACAAACUUGGCCUGCUCUUUUAAGUGAAACUUGGUUCUGCAGUGGCGUGCACUCUUUUGAGAAUCCAUCGAUUACGUAAGAAAGGAAUCACCAAUCAAUCUUCCGUUUUAAAACAAUUAGUGACUACAAAAAUAGUGGUAGGCUGAAGACAGCACCUGAUGUUUCCACUUUCAUUUGACAGGAAGGAAUUUUUAUUAUAUAUCUGUAAAAAGAAUUAUUUGUCUUUCGCGGUAUGUUAGUGCAAAAAAUUACGUAUGAACUAGAAAAUUGUCCAGUGAAACUUCUUUUAUAGCAUGACAUUUUCGUCUGUCAUUCGCGCUUUGUGGUUACCGGUUAGUGGUCGAUGGGUCCAAAUACCAUUGAUAAAAUAUUUUGGCACAGCAUGUUAUCGUUGCAACCAUUUGCAAGCACCAACAAUAUUCACGGAUGUUUUUGGCGAUAAAAGAAGCAAUUCUACUUCGGAAGCUUGCAGUGGAAUCAAUAAAAAUACCAAAAUUGAUUUUCGGAAAGCCAAGUUUGCUCAACAACCAUGUCUGAAGGAUGAGCUUUUAUGCAGGGUCGCGGAACCUGUGAUAGACGGCAGAAACAAAGUUACAGUUGUUGGUGCGGGUAUGGUAGGAGUUGCAUGUGCCAAUGCGAUUCUUUUUCAGAGAAUAAGCAGUAAAAUAGCAAUUAUAGAUGCUUUUCCGAAAAAAUUAGAAGGCGAAGGGAUGGAAUACUGUCACGGAUCGAUGUUUAUGGAUAACCCUCAUAUUGAUUAUGACACUGAUUUUUGCAUCUCGAGUAAUUCAAAAGUGGUCAUCAUUGCGGCCGGUGCACGUCCGAAGAAGGGUGAAAGUCGAUUAAGCUUAGUCCAGAAAAAUACAGAAAUCUUGAAAAACAUCAUUCCAUCUCUUGCACAAUAUAGCCCAGAUGCUGUUUUCAUCAUAGUCACUAAUCCAGUGGACAUUUUAUCAUGGGUUACAUGGAAGGUAAGUGGCCUGCCAGUGAACAAAAUAAUCGGAAGCGGAACCCACCUAGACAGCGCCAGGUUUCGUCAUAUGAUUGCAGAUAGGAUAGGUGUUGCUCCCAGCUCAGUUCAUGGAUAUAUCAUUGGUGAACAUGGCGACAGUCAAGUGCCUGUGUGGUCCGGAGUAAACAUUGCGGGAGUACAAUUUCGGGAUAUUUUGCCAAAUAUUGGAUUAGAAACUGAUGAGGAAAACUGGCACGACCUGUUUAAAGAUGUCGUAAAAGCUGGAGCAACAGUCAGGUGUUUAAAGGGAUACACAAAUACGGCUAUUGGUCUGGCAGUUGCUGAUAUUACCAACGCAAUUAUUCGUAACACGCAGGAGGUAAAACCCGUGUCCACCCUGAUACAGGGGCACUACGACGUUCGCAACGAGCAGUUUCUCUCACUCCCUUGUACAAUAGGCGAAAAUGGUAUAACGCAUGUGGUUCGGUUACGAAUGACUGCCGAUGAGAGAAAAUUAUAUCAGGCAUCGGCCAACAUUGUUUACAAUGUCCAAAAAGAUAUUAAACUUUGAUAAAUGACAGUUUCAUUGAUUUUUAAUUCAGCCAAGUUGUAUUUUAAAGAUGUCCCACUGUCCAUGGUCAAAAUAAAA